UUUGGUACGUGUACGGACGAUGACAAGGUUCAGCUACUCGCCGUGAUGUCACACUCGAGCGACCUCAGUGACUCGAGCGCCACAACUAGCGGUGGGAGCUCGACAUCGCUGUGCGAAAAUCACGUGUGCGCACAUGAGCUGUCGGAUGAUUAUGAACGUGCGAAGCGCUUCUCGGCCGCUGGGCAUCACGUGUGCGUGCCCAGUGCCGACCCUCACGGCAAUGAGGAUGAUCUAAUCGAGAUCAAUAUGCAUCCAGGAUUGUGCAAGGAAACGUUACCUGCGCAGGCACCCCCUUACGCUGAUGUCAAGCACAAUUUGGACGCAACCGAGAGCGCAUUGCCGAGCGACUGCCAAGAGUGGGUAUUCACUCUGUACGACUUCGACGGUAAAGGAAAAGUAUCUCGCGACGACAUCAUGAGUCUGGUGCGCUCAAUUUAUGAAGUCCUAGGUAACGCGAAGCUGCCAAUUCAUAGAGUGAGCAACAAGGACAGUUUAAGAAACGGAUAUCCGGUGGGCGCUUUCAAAAUCAAGUUGUCGGUCGUCCCGGAUGUGGCACCGGAUCCUGAAAAUUUGGCGCACAAGGCUGAACCGAAAAUAUCUCAUUUUUUGACAUCUUCCGGUAACUCGAUCGCUGACCAGUCGAAGGAGCAAAAGCGCGAACAGGACACGUGUAACCCUUCACAACUUAAAAAAGGCAGUAAAUUCCACGUGUUGAAGGAAUCAAAUCAGCACCAUUCGUCGCAAAAAGCGGCCAGGCGAAAGGUGGUCAGUUUCAGUCCGACGUGCAUGCCGAAUCCAAAGCCGUGCAUGUCUUGUACAUACCGCGACUAUGUGAACUUGUCCGAACUGGAAAACUGUUGCAGCAACAAACACGACUGUUCGACUAGCGUCGUGCACCACAUCAGACACUGUGACAGGCAUUGUCAUUGUCCGCCGUUGUUUCAGUUCACAAGAUACGUCCCUGUACAGUCGUUCUACGAGAGGGCGAAGCCGCACGACAUUGCAAACGUUAACUACGAUUCGUUUCAAGCCGUGCCGUUAUGCUGCAAGUCCAUCGACCGGACGAAAUGCGCCGCUGCGGCUGCAGCAGCAGCAUCGUUUCCGCAGAAAAGUUCGGCCGGCAAGAGCUUUUUGUCAAAGCUGAAUCACGGCCAUGGCAGCCAAGUGUUAAGAGGGAAUUUGUCUACCUCUUCGCAGAUUUUUUCUGUGAACGAGUGCAAGAAACGCACCGAAAGGCACAACGUCGCAAGAAUGCGAUGUUUCGAGCACGCUGGCUUGAAUCACAUGUCACACAGUUUUGUGGACGACAGCGACAGAGUCGUCAUCGAACAUCAGCACUAUCACGAACACCACCACUAUCACCACUGA